CCCGCCCGCCUGCCUCUGGGCGCAGAUGGUACGUUCCGAGGACAGAAUGGCCGCCGCGGUAGCCGGGGGUUCCAAUCGAAUCCUGCGGGAGACAAUCAAACGUUCCAUGCUGCGCUCAGCUGCCGCGGCGCUCGACUGCUGGAGCUGCCCGCACGGAGCAAAGCGAUAUCUGCUAACAGAUGAUAUUAUACGAUUGCAAGAAUUUCAGCAGAAGAAGAUAGCAACUGAACAUCAAAUUUAUGGCAAUAGAGAUUCAUAUUUUAGAAAUAUUGAAGAAAAAUUGAAGAAAAAUGGAAUAAUCCUCAAAGAUGAGUUAAAAACAUUGCUGCAUUUGUGCCAGACACCAGACGAUGUGGAAAUAGCUAAAAAUGUUAUUUACAGGUACCAUACAGAGAACAGAAAUGUGGCCUUUGGUGAGUUUAAAUUUGGACCCCUUUUUAUGAGGCUGUGUUAUGAGCUGGACCUUGAAGUACCUGCAAUAGAACUCAUCAAAGAUCAGACUCUGCACGGCUUCUUCUCUGAUAGCACAUCAUUCAAUAUUUUGAUGGAUAUGUUGUUUAAAAAAGGUCAUUACGAAAGUGCCUUGGAAGUGCUGGGAGAAAUGAAAAAACAACAUAUAAAAUUCAUCAAAGAUACCUAUUUACUUGCAUUUGCAAUAUGCUACAAACUGAACAGUCCAGAGUCUUGCAAAAUCUGCACAAAGUUACUUGAAGAGGCUCAGUUAAAAGGAGAGAACAUGUCAAGACGAGCAUACUGCUUUGCUGUAGCAUUUGCUCUGAAACAGAAUGAUGUGGUAAAAGCCCGGUCCUUUUAUUCUCAGAUCAUGAACACAGAGAGCAGACUAUGCAGUAAUCUUAAUAUUCUUGUACUGGCCAAGUCUGGGGCACUAGAAGACCUUAUGCAGAUACUGGAGGCAGCAGUGGAUAUGGGUGCUUCACAAUUGGUGAAAAGAACUGAGUUUUCUGAGCAGGUGCUGGCUACAGUCAGGGAAGAGUUGGAGGAAAACUCUGUUUUUCGUGCCAGAUUAGAAGAUAUCUGUGCCAAGCUGCAAGCAUCAGGACAGGUAACCAAGCUGACUCUGGACGACAUGCUGUGCCAGAUUUCUUAUGGAAAGAAGCGCCAUAUGCAGUUAUUAAAGCAAAGGCAAGUGAGCCGUCGGACUUUCAGACCACUUAAAUCGGCUCUGUUAGCUGAGUAGUUCUAUAUUUGACUGCAAAUUGUACUAACAAUAGCAUCACUUCAAAAAAUGUGUGAAUAAAGCAUCUCUUCUUCCCUUCUCCUGCAGACAGAUGUUUUAA